AAUUUCCAACGUUAAGUACAAAAAUAUUGCAGCUACAUACAGUUACUGCAACUUAUUAGUAAGUAUAGUACAAAACAGUAAUAACUUACAGAAUGGUUCUUUCUAUAAAUAAGAACAACCUGUUUCCUUCACCACCUUGUUCAGUUUGUCACUUAUUGCUUCUUUUAGUUAUUAUUCCCUUAAGAACAUUGGGUCUUGUGAGAUUGCCACCAAAUGUUACUAUUCCUGCAGUGUUUGUGUUCGGAGAUUCCAUAAUGGAUACUGGAAACAACAACAACAACUUGAAAACGGAAGCAAGGUGCAAUUUCCCACCAUAUGGAGAAGAUCUUGAAGGUGGAGGAAUGCCUACCGGAAGGUUUAGCAAUGGAAAGGUUCCAUCAGAUUUUGUAGUUGAAGAAUUAGGCAUAAAAGAGCUUCUACCAGCAUAUUUGGAUCCAAAUCUACAACCCACUGAUCUUGUCACCGGUGUCUGCUUUGCAUCCGGUGGCGCCGGCUAUGAUCCCUUAACGUCAAAACUUGCGUCAGCGAUACAUUUUGACUCUCAAAUAGAAAUGUUCAAAGAUUACAUAGGAAAGUUAAGAGGGGUGGUUGGAGAAGAGAGAGCAGAGUACAUAAUAGAGAACAGCCUUUAUCUUGUUGUCAUGGGCAGUAAUGACAUUUCCAACACAUACUUCUUGUCACAUGUUAGACAGUUGGAAUAUGAUGUCCCUGCUUACACUGAUCUAUUGCUCCGCUUAGCCUCUACUUACUUUAAGGAAAUAUAUGAACUUGGGGCAAGGAGAAUAGGAGUAUUCAGCACUCCCCCAAUUGGGUGCGUACCGUUUCAGAGAACAGUGGCUGGAGGAAUAACAAGACAGUGUGUGGAUAAGAUAAAUGAUGCAUGCAAGUUAUUUAACGCCAAACUGCCAAAUGCAUUGGAUUCCCUCAACAGGAAUCUGCCAGAUUCCAGAUUUGUAUUUAUUGAUGUCUACAACCCUUUACUUGACGUUAUUGUCAACUACCCAAAAUAUGGGUAUAAAGUUGAAGACAGAGGGUGCUGUGGCACAGGCAAAAUAGAAGUUACGUUUUUAUGCACGCAGUUGCAACCAACUUGUCCCAACGUUUUGGAUCAUGUUUUUUGGGACAGUUUUCACCCGACGCAAUCUGUUUACAAAAAGCUCGUCGCCUCUGUUCUACAAAAAUACAUACAGCCUCUUUCCGUGUGACAAUCCACCUUCAUUCUUGAUUUCAUUAUUAAUAUGGAUGCUUUUUCUCCAGCUGCCAUAUAGAUUGAAAAUGUAUCUACUUAUUAUAUGCAUGAGGAAACUCUUAAUUACGGUCCCAUAAUUGAGUUAUUUUUUGGGUUUUAGAAAAUGAUAGGAAGACGGAAACAUGUUAAACUAAACACAAUUUUAGAAGACUAGAAUAUUUUCAAGACUUGUUAUAUAUUCUGUUUAAUAGGUCACUUGACAGUUAUAAAUGCUUUUUCAGAUGCAGAGAUAUGGAAUAAGAGAGAAUCUAAAAUUACACUUCAACUA